CAUGAGUAAAAACUCCAAACUCCCCUCCACCAGCGCCAAGAGGAUUCAGAAGGAGCUGGCGGACAUCACUUUAGACCCUCCACCCAACUGCAGCGCUGGUCCCAAAGGCCAUAACAUCUACGAAUGGCGGUCCACCAUCCUCGGGCCUCCAGGGUCCGUGUAUGAAGGUGGUGUGUUCUUCCUCGAUAUCACUUUUACACCAGAGUAUCCCUUCAAGCCUCCAAAGGUCACAUUUCGGACAAGAAUCUAUCACUGUAAUAUUAACAGUCAAGGGAUCAUUUGCUUGGACAUCCUGAAACACAACUGGAGUCCAGCACUAACCAUUUCUAAGGUCCUCCUUUCUAUCUGCUCGCUCCUCACAGACUGCAACCCUGCUGACCCUUUGGUGGGAAGCAUUGCCACUCAGAACAUGACCAACAGAGUAGAACAUGAUCGAAUGGCCAGACAGGGGACCAAGAGAUACGCGACAUAAGCGGGUGUGGACAGUGCUUGCGUUACCUGUCUGUCA